AUGGCAUCAUGGAACUUGCCAUCAUCUUCAUCGUCGCAACUCAUUGAUGAAGAACCAUUAAUAUUGGAUAACGUUGAUGACUUCAGCACGGAUGAUGAAUUAGACAACAUAAUCGAAGAUGACAACAACAACGACGGCCACAUAGCACAAUCAUCUGCACAAGUAAUUCCAGAGUUGAUUCAAGGUAUGCAGUUCCAGUCAAAGGAGGAAACUAUUCUUGCAUUCAAACAUUAUCACAUAACAAACGGUUACAAAUACAUCGUCGUUGAGUCCAAACCCAACAUUUAUGUUAUUCGUUGUCUGGAAUAUCACAACGGUUGUCAAUGGCGUCUUAGGGCAGCUUAUAGCAAAGUCCGUAAAUAUUGGGAAAUCAAAAAUAUAGACGGACAACAUUCGUGUUUGUCAACAAUACUAUCUCAAGAUCAUACGAAUCUUGAUAGUACUCACAUUGCCACGAUCAUCUCCAAUUCAAUCCGGACAAACCCAUCCAUUCCUGUCAAGAGUUUGAUUGCCGAUAUUAAGGGUCGAUUCGGAUAUUCGGUGUCGUACAGAAAAGCUUGGAUCGCUAAACAGAAGGCUCUUGCUAUGGAGUUUGGAGACUGGGAGGACUCUUAUAACCACAUGCCGAGGUGGUUGCAUGCCGUCAAGGAAGCAAACCCAGGUACAAUUUUACAAUGCACUGGUUCUCCUGCGAAUAUUGAUGGAGAUACCGACGAUAAUUGCUAUAUUAUGGAAAGAGUUUUCUGGUCUUUCGGUCCUUGCAUAGAAGGAUUCAAGUACUGUAAACCCAUUCUCCAAGUUGAUGGCACAUUUCUCACGGGUAAAUAUCAUGGAACUUUGCUAACCGCCAUAGGUCAAGAUGGCAAUAGAAAUAUUUUCCCCCUGGCCUUUGCCAUUGUAGAAGCUUACGAGGUGAAGCAACCAACUGUCACAACAAAACUUGCUGCUUUGAGAAACCAAUACCCACAACAAGUUCAAUGGAUAGAUAAAAUUCCAUUACAAAAGUGGUCUCAGGCUUUUGAUGGAGGGAGAAGAUAUGGACAUAUGACGACUAAUCUUGCUGAGUGCACCAACUCCAUUUUAAAGGGAGCAUGUUCAUUACCAAUAUGUGCUCUCAUCAGAACAACAUUUGAGAGGACACAAUCAUGGUUUGUUGAACGCGGAUUAAAGGCGAACUCUAUGAUACAAGCAGGACACCAAUAUCCUGAACAGAUCGCCGACAUCAUUAGGAAAAAUCAACAACAAUACGCAUAUUGUCAUGUUCAUCGCUACAAUCGUGAAAAUUCUGAAUUUGAUGUUCAAGAAAUUUCAACACCUCACCACUACCGCCCAGUUCCACUUUCGUACAAGGUCAGUCUAAAUGAAUGGUGGUGUGAUUGUGGACACUUCCAAGCUACUCGUCUCCCAUGUCAUCAUGUCAUUGUUGUUUGUGCAUUUUCGCAUAUCCCCCUAACCCAAGUAAUCGAUCCAAUAUACAGUCUUCACAACAUUUUCAAGGCAUACGAAGUACAAUUUCACCCAAUCCAAAAUGAAGACUAUUGGUCUCUGUAUACAGGUCCAAACUUCAUACCAGAUCCUAAAAUGCGACGCAAGGCAUCCGGAAGACCAUCUACAAAUAGGCUUCAUAAUGAAAUGGAUCAAUCCAAUCCAGAUAAGCCAAAAAAAUGCUCUUACUGCCGCAACGAAGGUCAUCAUAGGGGAAAUUGUCCUUUUCGCCAAUAG